UCCCAAUCCAUUCCCCUCUCUGACUCUCUCUCUCUCUCGAUCUCUCUCUUCAAUGGCCACCGCUACCUCCCUCCAUUCCCUCAACGGAUCCUUCCUCCACCACCACCACCACCACCACCAUUUUUUCACCUCUUCCCAUGAUUCCAUCUCCUUGAAGCCCACCACAAAAUCCUACAGCCUCUUCACCAUUUUCUCUUCCUCCUCCUCCUCCUCCUCCGUCACCACCUCUUCCUCUUCCUCCUCCACUGCCCUCGACGCCCUCACCGCCCACCUGUCGUCAAGUGAAUUCCUCCAGGCAGACGAAGAGACCCGCCGCCUCCUCAUCGCUCUCGCCGGCGAAGCCGCCCAGAAGCGCGGCUACGUGUUCUUCUCGGAGCUGCAGUUCAUCCCUGCCGAAGAGCUGCGCGCCAUAGACCGGCUGUGGAAGAAUCACAGCGGCGGCCGGUUCGGCUACUCCGUGCAGAGCCGGCUGUGGGAGAAGUCGAGCCGCGACUUCACGCGUUUCUUCAUCCGCGUCGGGUGGAUGAAGAAGCUGGAGUCGGAGGUGGAGCAGUACGGUUACCGGUCGUUCCCCAGCGAAUUCAUGUGGGAACUCACCGACGGCACGCCCGAGGGCCACCUUCCCCUCACCAACGCUCUCCGAGGGACGCAGCUCCUCCGCAGCAUCCUGACGCACCCUGCAUUCGAGGAGGAAGAAACAGGGGAGGCAGCGGAACAGAGCGAGGACGAGGAAGCAGAGAAGAAACGUAAUGUAGAGCUACAGCCGAAGAUGAAGAGACUCCUCAAUCCAGAUUACUCCUUUUGAAACCAACUGCCCUAUUUCAUAUGCUCUAGACCCUAUUUCAUAUGCCGUAGUACUCUGUUCCCUGUUUUAAUUUUCUGCGUCUAUACACAUGAAACCGGAUGCAGUCGAAAUGUAUGAUGAAUUGCGUCAAUUAAACAAGUUUCUGCGUUGGAUCGUU